CGCCAGCAAUUUACUAACCCAACGCCCAGACGACAAGGCAAACCUUUUUCUCAACAUGCCGCCAACACCAACAACAGCGCUGCCGUCCAUGGCGAAGCAGUCUACGCCCAAGACCAUGUCUUCCCGUCUUAUGACGAUGAAGUUCAUGCAGCGCGCUGCUGCUUCACAAGUAGUAAACACGCCAAAAUCCACCUCGCCCGCAACCCCACAAAGCGACGACGGCUCAGCCAAGCGCCGCAAGGUCUCGCACACCUCCUCCGCCGCCAGCGGCUCGCCGGCGACGCCGCUCUACGACCAAAAGGCGAUCCAAGCGGCGCUGAAGGAGGAGGAAAAGAAACGCCAGGCGGCCAUCGAGAAGCGCGCCGCGGAGCUGGGAGACUCACACUGGGAGCUGCCGAGCGCAGCGAGCCUGCGCAAGCGGGCAGCGCGGCCGGCGCUAAGCGUGGUGCAAGUCGGGUUCGCCCAAAUUGAUUACGCAAGCGCGUCAGCCAGGGAGGACGGCGGUGGCGGCGACGAUUCAUUUGAUUCAGGCAGCGUGCCGGGGCAAGUGCAGAUCCGGGGAUUUAACAUGAAAAAAUCAGAGGCAUGUCUCCAGGGGAAAGGAAUCUGGGCUGUAAGCUAUGCAUGCUGACAUUGAGUUCACAGGCUGUCAAGAAACAG